AUGUAGACUCACAAGAUGACCCACAAUAUGUAGACUCACAAGAUUACUUACAAGAUGUAGACUCACAGGAUGUAGUGCACGAUAUAAACGCAUUUUUCACUAAUUCACAAGAUGCAGUGCACGACAUAACUACAUUCUUUACUAAUUCACAAGAUGAAGUGCACGACAUAAACACAUUCUAUGCUAAUUCACAAGAUGAAGUGCACGACAUAAACACAUUCUUCGCUAAUUCACAAGAUGUAGUGCACGACAUGAAUACAUUCUAUACUAAUUCACAAGAUAUAGUGCACGACAUGAAUACAUUCUUUACUAAUUCACAAAAUGUAGUGCACGAUAUAAAUACAUCCUUUACUAAUUCACAAGAUGAGGUGCACGAUAUAAAUACAUUCUUUACUAAUCCACAAGAUGUAGUGCACGAUAUAAAUACAUUCUUUACUAAUCCACAAGAUGUAGUGCACGAUAUAAAUACAUUCUUUACUAAUCCACAAGAU